AAAGCCUUUGAGCAGGAUUAAUUCCAUACUUACAUGAACGUAAAGGAGGAGCGUGACUUGAUGACGCAGCGCCAGACCCGGAAGUGAUGUUUAGUCAGCAGACUGACAACAACAACAUCAGAGGAGCUCCGGGAAAAUAACGGAUACUGCUCCUUCAUACUGCUCCUUCCUCCCGGGGAUACUGCUCUUUCCUCCCAGGGAUACUGCUCUUUCUUCCCGGGGAUUUUGCUCAUUUAUCCCGGUGGUCUCAGAGUGAUCCUCGUCCUUAGUUCUCUCUCCCUCUCCUCUCAAUGUGGCUCCCCCAGGAGGAAGUUCUGCUGGCCGGGCCUCUGUGGGUCUCUGAGCGGGCUAACCCCUUCUUCAUCCUGCAGAGGAGGAGAGGACACGGCCGGGGGGGGGGGCUGUCCGGUUUGCUGGUGGGGACCCUAGACGUGGUUCUGGACUCCAGCGCCCGGGUCGCCCCGUACCGGAUCCUGCUGCAGACGGCGGACGCUCAGAUCUACUGGACCAUAGCCAGUGGCUCGUCCAGGAAGGAGAUCACAGAGCACUGGGAUUGGCUGGAGUCCAACCUGCUGCAGACCAUCUCCAUCUUUGACAACGAUGAAGACGUCACCACCUUCGUCAAGGGAAAGAUCUCAGGCCUCAUCGCAGAGGAGAACCGGCUGAAGCAGGGCGAGGAGCAGGAGGAUUGUGGGAAGUUUCGGGAAGCGGAGCUGAAGAUGAGGAGGCUGUUCGGGAUGCCGGAGGAAGAAAAGCUGGUGAACUACUACUCCUGCAGCUUCUGGAAGGGAAGGGUGCCACGUCAGGGCUGGCUCUACCUGUCCGUCAACCACCUGUGCUUCUACUCCUUCCUGUUGGGCAAGGAGGUGACCCUGGUGGUGCAGUGGUCGGAGGUGACCCAGCUGGAGAAGAAUGCCACGCUGGUGUUUCCAGAAAGCGUCCGAGUCAGCACCCGGCACACCGAGUACUUCUUCUCCAUGUUCCUCAAUAUCAACGACACCUUCAAGCUGAUGGAGCAGCUCGCCAACAUUGCCAUGCGGCAGCUUCUUGACAACGAGGCGUUCGCUGCCGAUCGCUCGCUGCCCAAACCCUGCAAGACGCUGAAGAACGUCUCUGCACUAAAGAGGGAUUUGGACGCCCGGGCGAAGAAUGAGCGUUACCGCACGAUGUUCCGGCUGACGCAGGAUGAGCGUCUGGACGGACACACGGACUGCACCCUGUGGGCGCCGUUCGCCAAGAUGCACGUGGUGGGACAGCUGUUCAUCUCCAACAACUACAUCUGUUUCAACAGCAGAGAAGAAGACCUGUGUCAGCUGAUCAUCCCCCUCAGAGAGGUGUCGGUGGUGGAGAAGGCGGACAGCAGCAGCUUCCUGCCAUGUCCUGUAUCCAUCAGUACCAAGAACAAGACCAACUUCCUGUUUGCUAACCUCAAAGAUAGAGACUUCCUGGUCCAGCGGAUCUCCGACUUCCUGCAGCGGACCCCCGACAGCAGCGGGGGGGAAACCAGCCCCCUGAUUGGGCCACCGGGCUCCUCAUCCGAGACCAUCCUCAGGGGCAGACAUUACCACACUGCCCUGCCCACCGCCAGCCAGGGUCUCCUGAGGCUCUACCAGAGCGGGGCACCCGAGGACCUGGGGCCCAAAGCUAUGAAGGAGAAGAUGAAGGAGGAGGCCUGGAACAUCCACUUCUCAGAGUUCGGUCGAGGAGUCUGCAUGUAUCGGACCUCCAGAACCAGAGACCUGGUCCUCAACGGGAUCCCAGAGAGCCUGAGAGGGGAGCUGUGGAUGCUGUUCUCUGGUGCUCAGAAUGAGAUGGCGUCCCACCCCGGUUACUAUGGUGACCUAGUGGAGGCAGCAAUGGGGCGGGGCUCCGUGGUUUCUGUGGUGACGGAGGAGAUUGAGAGGGACCUGCAUCGAUCAAUGCCAGAACACCGAGCCUUCCAGAACCAGACCGGCAUCUCCGCUCUGCGCCGAGUCCUGACUGCGUACGCCCACCGUAACCCGGGCAUCGGGUACUGUCAGGCGAUGAACAUCGUGACCUCGGUGCUGCUGCUCUUCUCUCCAGAGGAAGAGGCCUUCUGGCUGCUGGUGGCUCUGUGUGAGCGCAUGCUGCCAGACUACUACAACACCAGAGUAACAGGGGCCCUGGUGGACCAGGGCGUGUUUGAGGAGCUGACCCGGGCCUUUCUGCCCCACCUGUAUGAACACAUGAGGGAUCUGGGGGUGAUCUCCACCAUCAGCCUGUCUUGGUUUCUCACCCUCUUCCUGUCUGUGAUGCCCUUUGACAGCGCCGUGCUGCUGGUGGACUGCUUCUUCUACGAGGGCAUCAAGGUCACCUUCCAGGUGGCACUGGCCGUGCUGUACGACAACAUGGACGCUCUGCUGUCCUGCAGCGACGAGGGGGAGGCCAUGACUGUCCUGGGGAGGUACUUGGAUAAUGUUGUGAACAAACAGACUGUGGCUCCGCCCAUCCCUCACCUACACGCCCUGCUGACCAGCGGAGACGACCCUCCCCCAGAGAUCGACGUCUUCGACCUCAUCAAGUCAUCCUACGAGAAGUUUGGCAGCCUGCGCUCUGAUGUUAUCGAGCAGAUGAGGUUCAAGCAGAGGUUAAAGGUCAUCCAGUCCCUGGAGGACACAGCUAAGAGGAGCGUGGUGAGAGCGAUGAUGACAGAGUCUGCGUUCAGCAUCGAGGAGCUGGAGGAGCUCUACUGUCUCUUUAAGGCGCAGCACAUGGCCAGCUGCUAUUGGGGCUCCAACUGCUCCUGGGGCUCCAGCAGCUCUGCGGCGCAGCGGCACGACCCCAGCCUCCCGUACUUGGAGCAGUACCGCAUCGACCCGCUGCAGUUCAGCCAGCUGUUCUCCAGCCUCGGGCCCUGGACCUGCGGGGGUCGGACCCCCACCCUGUCGGCACGCCUCUUCAGGAUCCUUGACCAGAACCAGGAUGGGCUGGUCAACUUCAAGGAGUUCAUCACCGGCCUCAGUGGGAUGUAUCACGGAGACAUGACGGAGAAACUCAAACUGCUCUACAAGCUGCACCUGCCUCCAGCAGUGUGUCCGGAAGAGGCUGAAUCAGCGCUGGAGGCAACUCACUUCUUCACAGGGGAUGAAGCUCAAGACUGUUCCUUCCUGCCUGCCGCGGGCUCUUUGGGGAAACAGGAAGUGACCUCAGGUGAAGAGGAUGGAGGAACGGAGGAGAGGAAAGGUCCAGAGGAGAAGAAGGACUACAGGUACUACCUGAGGAUGUGGGCCAAGGAGAAGGAACCAAAGACUGAGACCAUCAAAGACCUGCCCCGAAUGAACCAGGAGCAGUUCAUAGAUGUGUGUAAGACUCUGUACAACAUGUUCAGUGAGGAUCCAGAGGAGCAGCAGCUGUAUCACUCCAUCGCCACGGCAGCGAGCCUGCUGCUGAGGAUCGGGGAGGUGGGGAAGAGGUUUGGGAACAAGAAGUCAGAGGCCCCGUCGACUGAGGUCUCACCCACACAGGUCUCACCCACUGAGGUCUCGCCCACUGAGGUCUCACCCUCUGAGGUCCCGCCCUCUGAGGUCCCGCCCACUGACCAUCAGGGGGUUGCAAGUGAGGCUCAGGUGUGCCAGGCUCUGGCGGACGCUCAGCUGGAGUCUCAUCUCGAAGGAGUUAGGGAAGAUGUGUCCUCGUCCUCCUCCAUCUCUCUGCAGGACGAGGAGUUGGUUCUGAUGGGAGAGAAGAGGCGGGGCAGCGAGCUGGAUGCUGAUUGGUCGAUCAGCUUUGAGCAGGUGCUGGCAUCUCUGCUGACCGAGUCGCCGCUCGUCCAUUACUUCGAGAGGAAGAGAGACAUCCGGACCAAGAUGGCUUCCUGCAAGGCCAAGAGAGCCGUGGAGCGCCAGACAAGCUCUGCCUCCGAUCACGAUCUCCACCUGUCCACCUGACAAGCUCCGCCUCCGACCACGACCUCCACCUGUCUCACCUGACAAGCUCCGCCUCCGACCACAACCUCCAUCCGUCUAAGACGCUCACACACACACACUCGCACACAAUAACUCCGUGUAACCCCCAAGGAUGGGAGAAGCUUCCGGAUUAUAUUUCAGAACUGAAGAAGCUGAAAUCAGGAAACGAUGACUCGUCACUCUGAACUUUAUAACCUUUAUUCUCUUUAUCUUAAUCUUGUCUGAUCAGUGCGCUCAAACCUGGAGACUUUUAUUUUGAAGUCACUGAAGCCUUCCUGAUGUUUGUGAUGACAUCACCGUUGUUUAUUUACCUGUUGACGUGACGAUGUCACAGGAUGUUUUUAUUCUGUGUUUAUUCGGCUUUUACAUCCAUGUCAGUUAUUGUCUGAUAAAUACUGAAGUGAU